AUGAAACCAUCAAUUCUACAACAAAUAGGGUGUUCAAAUUACUAUGUUUUAGUGUUUCUUUCAUGGCUGCUGUUUGCAUGUAGCACAACUCAUCAGCUGAGAAGUUAUGAAACUCAGCUUCUUCUUCAGUUGAGGAAGCAUUUGGAGUAUCCUCUACCUCUGAGCAAUUGGGAAGAUCACAAAAAUGCUGAUUUCUGCAAUUUGUUCUCUUCAGCAAAGCUCACCAUCAAAUGUGAGAAUGAUUCUGUCACCGAGCUUCGGAUCAUGGGGGACAAACCUGCAAAGGUCAGUAGUGAAUUCAGAGGGUUUGCAAUUCCAAAUAUAACAUUGUCUCAGAGUUUCUCUAUGGAUUCUUUCAUUACAACCUUGGUAAGGUUGUCUAGCUUAAAGGUUGUUACUUUAGUGUCUCUAGGCAUAUGGGGUCCACUCUCUGAUAAAAUCAAUAGAUUAUAUCUGCUUGAAGCUUUAGACAUGAGUUCAAAUUUCUUGUUUGGUUCAAUUCCUUCUCAAAUGUCAAGAAUGGCUAAGCUUAGGACUUUGAGCUUUGAUCAGAACUAUUUCAAUGGCAGUGUUCCCGAGUGGUUGGAUUCGUGGCCGAAUCUCACUGUGUUGAGCUUAAAGAACAACAGAUUGAAUGGUGAGGUUCCUUCUGCAUUGUCAAGAAUCACAACAUUGAUUGAAUUAGUUUUGUCUCACAACUUUCUCACUGAAAAGUUACCUGAUCUGAGCAAACUCUCCAGUUUGCAGUUGCUGGAUUUGAGAGAGAACAGUUUAGAUUCUACAUUGCCCCCUCUGCCAAAAGGGCUGGUUAACGUAUUUCUAAGCAAGAACUCAUUUUCUGGUAACAUACCCGAACAAUUUGUUAACUUGGAUCAACUUCAGCAUCUUGAUUUGUCGAAUAAUAAUCUUACCGGAACCCUUCCUUCUCUUCUGUUCUCUCUCCCCAAUAUUAGUUACUUGAAUCUGUCAUCCAACACUCUUAGUGGAUCACUUCCCGAGCAUCUUAAGUGCGGAGAACGACUUAGUUUGAUCGAUCUUUCUGGUAAUAAAAUGGUAGGCCAGCUUCCUAAUUGCUUGGCAGAUGAAAGAAUAGUCGAAAUUAGUGGGAAUUGUUUCUCAACUGAUGCCAGGGAUCAGCAUUCUGCAUCAUACUGCAAAGACGUUAGUAAGGGCGAAGGACGGUCUAGAAUGAGGGAUAUAGUCCUUCUGGCCGGAAUUAUCGUUGUAGUGAUAAUCCUCUUGCUUGUUGGUCUUAUGUUUUUCUGUAAAAGGCACCGAACACAGUCUCCACUAAUUUCCCCCGAUCUCCUAGCAAGUGCCACGAUACUUUCGGAAGUUGAGAAUCAAAGUUCUCCACCCCAUAGGGUGUUUACUUUACCAGAACUUAAAGAAGCUACAAAAAACUUUGAUCAGUCCUCUUUCUUAGGCCAAGGUUCUUUCGGAAAGGUUUACAAGGGAAGGUUAGAGAAUGGAAGCUUUGUUGCUAUUCGAUCUUUAACUCUAUACAGAAAAUGCUCGAUUCAAAACCUCAAGCUGCGGCUUGAUUUGCUUUCAAAGCUUCGCCACCCUCACUUGGUUGCCCUUCUUGGUCAUUGCAUUGAUGAUGGAACGCAGGACGACUCAACGGUGCGUAGGUUGUACCUCGUGCAAGAAUUCGUUCCUAAUGGAAGCUUCCGCUCUCAUCUCUCAGAGAAGGUCCUGAAGUGGCCAGAAAGACUGGCUGUUGUAAUCGGUGCAGCCAAGGCCGUACAUUUUCUUCAUACCGGGGUGAUACCCCCUUCUCUGAGCAAUCGUUUAACGACCAACAGUAUACUGAUAGACGAGCAUGGGAUUGCAAAGCUUAGUGAUUAUGGAAUGUCUCUCAUUGCAGAUGAAACUGAAAAAACUGAUGUAUGCUCCUCCCUUCACUUUUGAUUUCAUAUUAAUUCUUGUAAGCAGCUAUGUCUUUUGCAGGACGAUGUUCACAAUUUCGGGUUCAUAUUACUCGAGUCACUGGUAGGUCCUGUUGCAAGUGGAAAAGGCGAAGCAUUUCUGCUGAAUGAGAUGACAUCGUUCAGCAGCCAAGAUGGUAGGCGAAGGAUAGUGGAACCAAUCGUGCUAGCCACGAGCUCACAGGAGUCGUUGUCCAUUGUGAUAUCCAUCACGAACAAAUGUAUAUCAGAUGAAUCCUCGGGGCGGCCCUCGUUUGAAGAUGUGCUGUGGAACUUGCAGUAUGCUGCUCAAGUGCAGGCCACGGCCGAUGCUGACCUGGAUAGCGCAUCGCAUCAGAGCUUCGGCUCCUCCUCUUUGAUUAACUUAUUCUAG